AUGUUUAAGUGGGCGCAACAGCAGUUGGCCAAUGUUGCCGGCACCCAGGAGCCCAUCUACGGCCCCUCGGCCAUCAAGUCGGUCGCCGAGGAAGCCAAGACGACACCUUACUCGGAGCUUACUAAGGAUGACUUGAAAUGGGAGGUCAUGGACUCGACCUCGGUCGAGACGCAGAGCUUCUACUUCAUGUCGGAGGGCGGCGUUCUCGGAUUUGCCCAGGUCAUCUAUAGUAACGUGGCCGGCAUCCGGACAACCUGUCAAUUCAGCUCCAAGGUCUUCUCUCUAGACCCGUCGAAGCCGCACCUAUGGUGCUCGACUCAGCUCCACAACUACGAAUUUAGCGAAGAUAAGUCGAAUUUCUACGCCACGGACUGCGCGGUUGAGCUCUCGGAGGAUGGGACAACAUAUACGAUCAAGUCGAUGAACGAUGAUAGGGCUAUUGUCAAUCUGACGGUCAAGAGGACGGCACCGGGGUUCAAGGCUGGAACCACUGGCAAAACACUGUUCGGCACUGAUCUGGCCAACCCCUGGGGCUCCAUGCGCCACGUCUUUUGGCCGAGAUGCGCUGCCGAAGGAACUAUCACCACUAAGGACGGCCCCAUCGACUUCAAGGGCCAGGCUUUCUUCGUCCACGCCCUCCAAGGAAUGAAGCCACACCACGCCGCUGCCAAGUGGACCUUCUGCGACUUCCAGGGGCCGACCUACUCGGCUGCCAUGAUGAACUUUGUGACGCCCCCGUCGUACGGCUCGACUGUAGUCAACGUGGGCGGCAUUGCCAAGGAUGGGGAAAUCAUCAUGGGCGGUUGCACGAACGAGGUCACCCACCUUGAAACAAAGAGCGACACUGAGAAUGACUGGCCGGAACCGACUAAGAUCAAGUUCCACUGGAAGGGUACGACUAGGGAUGGAAAGCCAGUCGAGGCGACUAUAGAGGGCGCCCUCGAAGAGAAGCUCGACAGAAUAGACGUCAUGGCAGAAGUUCCUGGCUUCGUAAAGAAGAUUGUGGCCGGGGCUGCAGGCACAAAGCCUUACAUAUAUCAGUACUACCCCCACAAGGCAAAGAUGACCCUCAAGCUCAAAAUCGGCGAUGAGGAGAUCUCUGAGGAAGGCUUUGUAUUCAGCGAGGCAACCUUCAUCUCAGAAUAA